CAGAGGUCUGCAGGCAGCAGCAUGGAGCGGUACGCAGGCCGCGUUGCCAUGGUGACGGGUGCCAGCUCCGGCAUAGGGGCCGCCGUGGCGCGCGCUCUGCUGCAGCGCGGGGUCACCGUCGUGGGAGUCGACCUGCGACCCGACAGGAUGAAGGAAUGGCAAUUAAAAGAUUCCACCAGCCAACUGUAUCCCAUGUAUGGAGAUGUGACUGACGAGGAAAGCCUACUUUCUGUAUUCAAAUGGAUUUCUGAUAACUUGGGAAGCGUCGACAUUCUCAUCAACAGUGCGGGGUUAUUCCGCAAUCCUCUCUUGGCUUCUGCUCCAACGUCGGACAUAAAAAAGACGCUGGACGUGAACGUGUUGGGUCUGAGCAUCUGCACCAGGGAGGCCGUGCAGGACAUGCUGAGCAGGGGCGUCGACGACGGCUUCAUUGUGCACAUAGGCAGCCUCGCCUCCCAUGUGCCAGUAAAUGACUCUGGGAACUCGAUAUACUUCGCUAGCAAGGUGGCUGUGAAGGCACUGCUCCAAGGAUUAAGAAAGGACUUGGUUGCAAGGAAAAGCAACAUACGAGUUGGACAAGUCUCUCCGGGACCCGUGAGGACGGAGCUCUUUAACCCGCUGAUUGGUCUACCAGACGACUUUUGGGAAAGCCAGUUUCUUGAACCAGAGGACAUCGCAGAGGCGGUCAUCUUCAUGCUCUCACAGCACCCACGCACACAGGUGUACGACAUCGUCAUCCGACCCACUGGAAGUGACUUCAGACCUUAGUUCCACGUGGCAUCAACAGCCGCUAUCACUUCGAGCAGCGCGACCAGUUACGCUGUCUGUUGAAGUUUGUAUUGUUGGCUAUUUUAAAUAAAGUUGUUUCAGCGUGAUAUCUGCAGUUUGCUGUGAACACACAGCGUCUGUGCUGGUUAACAAAGGAAAACAAAGGGCUAAAACGAUUGCCCGACUACUGGAACACCAUUUCACAGUAGUAGGUAGGCAAAGCCUUACUGCAUCAUAAAUGCAGUGCCUUGACCGACCACUGAAGUUAAGCAACGUUGUGCCCGGUUAGCACUUCGAUGAACGGUCACCUGACUGCACUGGGGGCCUUUGGCACAAGGGCACGCAAUUUAUAUGCAUCUCGAGCAAAAAAUGGCUCUGAGCACG